UUGAUACAGAGCAAACUGAUGUCGUACAUAAAUCCAGAGCGUCACCAAUCUAAAGAUUAAAAUCAUUAUACAACGACCAUUGAUGGUGUAGGCAGGAGAGUACAAUAAAUUUCUGUAUUUCACCAAGAAUUAGUCGUCUUGCGUAAAAAUGAAGACGUUUAGCAAUGUUUUGAUUUUAUGCGUUUUCGUUUCGGCGUCUCUGUCGAUCCUUUUGACGACAAGCGCUCAACAAACCCCCACUGACAUCCCGACAGCCACCAACAACUACAAUCUGAGCUAUUCAAUUGACACACAAACCCUUUCAGUUACCUUUGAAAUCACCGGACGGACGACGGGCUACAUUGCUUUCGGAUUUACGAAUAUUUCAGGAAUGGUUCAGGCUGAUAUUUUCAUGGGAGGCGUGUAUCAAAACGGAACUUCAUACUUUGGUGAUUAUACUUCAUAUGACGCUUCAACUCCAAGACUUGACGCACAACAAGAUUGGAAUCUUUUGAAUGCCACGGAAGCUGAUGGGAUAACUUAUGUAAAGUUUAGUAGACGCUUGUCUACUGGUGAUCCUGUAGACAUUGAGAUUAGGGAUGCCUUGAUGAAUAUUAUUUGGAGUUUGGGCCCUGCAAAUGAUGCGUUUCUCUACCACGGUUUCUCCCGUUCGACACUGAAGUUCAACUUGGCUAGUGGUACGAACGGUGGAGAAGAACCAAUUCCCCCUCCAGGAUUUUAAUUGCAUAUGUAAUACUUGAAAAUGUAUUUGAGUUCAGAAUUUUCAAAAAAUAAUCUAAAUGUGAUUUGAUUUAAUUAUAAAUAAUCAUAAUCAUAAAUAUUGGGAUAAAAGAAUCUGUUGAAUUAAAUUGCAAUCUAAUGCACCUCAUUCAUGCAUAAUAUUUAUCAUGUAGUACAUCAAGAUUAUGAAGAAUUUGUUCAGUAUUUUAGUUAAAUAAUUGUGUAUCGUUGUGUGAGACGGCAGGCUUGUUGGUAGAAACAUGGGAGAAAAUCCUCAUCAUUCAAUCCAAUCCCCAUCAUUGCAUGCCACUCAUUGGAGAAAGCACCGGAGGAGGAAGGAAAGCACCAAACUUCGGAUUUGGUCGACAUCCCCAGUACCCGGGUCGGUAGUUGUGCAAGUGAAAAUAAAUUUAAUUCAUAGUCGUAACAUCUGGGCGAAAACUUACCAAUAUCCAUCUACGUUACUUCAUGCAGAAAGAAGACAAUUUGCAUGUCCUAGUUGCGUAUUGUGGUGGAAUUAGAAUUGCAGUCCAAACUGAAAUUCAAAAUUGCGUACAAUCGUUUUUAUCCUGUACUUACGGUUCUAGUUACAGAAUAGUUCUCUGGUGCUGCCUUUUGUUUAAUGGGCACUGUUAAUGGUAUUGAUACAAAAUAUGGACUUUGAAAAUUGUGGAAUUGACAGUGGUUCAAGGAAUCUAUUGGACGUGGAUCAGCAUAAAAAUAACGAGUCAAUAAUCACCUUUAGUCCAGACCGCACCCGCUUCGGCACAGUCGCCGCAGGUCAGAAUCACAAAUCCCGAAACGCAUCUAUCCCGUCGGAUUUCGAUCUUCAAGUGACCUAUUCAGCGACGGAUAUCAAAGUCAAUCAAUUUGAGAAUCAACCACCAUCCACGUCCUUCACAGACUUGUUAUCCUCGUCACCAUCACCUCUCCACCAUCCAUUACCACUUUCACAAUUGAACCUCUCCAGUUCUGGGAGAGGAGAUGUCGACAUUAUUAACAAGUUGAGCUUAGAUUUGAAGCAAGAUCUCAACCUGAGUGUGUCACAUAAUCAAAGUCAGCAGUGUGUACGUAAUGGAAACAUUGGUGGCAGUAGCGGUUCAUCAAUGUCAACGUCAACAUUGACGACAACGACGACAACUCCAACACCAACUGGAAAGGGCAUAACAGGAAUAAUGUCCACCUCUCAAUGUAAUGGGACAGGACAAGGGAAGGAAACCACAACUUCAAUUUCUCCUAACUCCAGCAGCACCUCACUCGUCACGAGUACGGUACAGCUGCAAAAAAAGUUGGAAAGGAAAAUUGCACAAGCUUCGGCUAUUGCAGCCGCAAUGAACUCAAUGUCCCCGAAAGAUGAGUCUGAAUUUGGCGAGUGGAACAUAGGGACUCGGGAAAUUCCAGCCAAUUCGAAUUCAAGUCCCACUUUGAAAUCAAAUUCAUCCGAACAGAUAAUAACCAAUUCUUCUUCCACUUCUACCGAUCCAUCAUCAGCCAGUAAAAGCUUAUCAAAAUCCAAGUCCUCGAAAACUAAAAACACCGUCAAAACCCGAUAUUCCUCUGCAGAGGACAGGAAGCCUGCGUGUGUAAAGUUUCAAGAGGAUGAAGUAGAGAUAAUUUCAAAAUCGUCCCGUAGCAAAGUGGUCGGAGGACUUAUACCUCCGGAGCGACUUGCAGUGCCAAACAAAAGCCUUCCAACAAUGAACAAUAUGAACAACAAUAGGAGACACCCAUCGACGAGUGGUAGUGGAGGGGGAAGUAGUGCCAGAUCAGGUUUGAAAACCAGGGACGAACAGGAACAUAGUUCUCAUAAAAUCAAAUUAGAUGAAGGUGAAACUCCAAACACGGGAACCACUUCGGAAGUUAAACCGUUGGUAGAAUGGGACUCGGAUGAUAGUGAAGAGGAGCUUUCCUUCUUCCCCACCGGAAAACCAAAAGCCAAGCUGACAGAUAACCUGAGUAUUGACAACUUGAGUUUGUCUGGGGAGGAAGAUGACCUCCAUCUGUCUCCCCCACGACACAUGAGCCACCAGAAAUGUCCCUGUGACCCCAGGAAGUGGAUCAGUGACCACGUCACAAAACUCCCAAAAUCAAGCAACUCAUUUCCGGGGCAAGAUGGACAGUGUAAGAUAACUUAAUUAGAUCAUGGAACACAUGGUACAAUACAUCAUAUAUCACAACACAAUUCUCACUAUGCGGAAAUCAAUAUGAAUUUUACAACUAUGUAUUUGAAUACGAAAUUCGCAAAAUUUGGUGAGCUUUGUCCGUUCCAAGAAAAUAAUGUGACGCGUUUAGAUUUUCGUCAAAGUUUUAGUUUUGUUGAUUUGUCUAUCUAGUAAGUCUUGUGUUUAAAUAUGAAAAUUGACACAUCAAGAUGUGUGGUGCCAAACUUGGUUAUGUUUGUAAGUUUAUUGAGACAAUCAUUUAUUAAUUUUUGUUGGAGUACUUGACUUAAAACUAUAACCUGCGUCACUGAACAUGAGAAACGAAACAAGAAUACAUAAUUGUUUUUAGAUAAUCCUCAAAUCUUUGUGUACACUUGACUUUAAUAUUUCACUAUCCCUUAUUGAAGCCUAAUUUUUUUACUUGUGCAAAUGAACUGAAUGUUUGCACGAUGUACUGAAAUGAAUUAAAUGAGAAUAAAUGAUGAUUCAAAAUUUACAAUAA